AUGAAGGAUGUGACCAAGAGCGACCUGCGGAAGAGGAACCCGCAGGACCGUAGGCACUUGACGGACGACGAGAUCGACAGCAUCCACCUCGCCAACAUUUCGCUGCUUGAGGAGAUCGGCCCCCGGUUGAGAGUUCGCCAAAUCAUAAUUUAUACGGCCAUCAUUUUCUAUCGUCGCUUUUACCAAACGCAGAGCUUCGUGAACUUUGAUCCUCAUCUGGUCGUAGGUACCGUGUUCUUCCUGGCCUCCAAGGUGGAGGAGAGUCAGCUAUCGUUGACAACAGUCGCCUCUGUUCUACAUCACUAUACCACGACUGGCGUGGACGAGGACGAGUCCAUGUACACGUUCCAGGACAAGGAUAUCCUCGAGUGCGAGUUCUACGUGAUUGAGGCGUUGCAGUUCGACUUGAUCCUGCAUCAUCCGUUCCCUUCGCUCCUCCAAUUUCUGGACGAGUUUGAAAUUCAUGAGGAGUGUCUUCAACUCGCGUGGCAACUCAUUCAGUAUUCUUAUCGCACGGACAUCAUUCUUCUGUAUCCGCCGUUCAUGGUGGCGUAUGCGGCUGCGUAUAUCUCAUGCCGUGAUGCGGGCUAUGAUGCCGCGCAGGUGUUUGCCACCGUGAACAUCAAGAAGGACUUGCUGCUGAAGAUCGUUGGCGAAUUUCAGGACGCUGUAGAGGAUGAGACGAAAUUGUACGCGGUACAGGCGACGGCUUUGGAAAAGCUGGAUGAGAUCAUCCCCGACGCAUCUGCUGCGGAGGCGGAGGCCGCGCCCAGUGCGCCAGCGGAGAAGUGA